CCUCCAGCCAAACUGGGACCUCCAUUUCUCUGGCCCCGCCCUCGGGGCUGUUGCUAGGCAACCGGGCACGCGCGUCCCCCUCCCUUCCUCCUUCACUCCCAACGCCGUUGAGAAGCAAAAGGAAGAGGAGAGAAGAGGUCGAAAGCCUGUCUCCUGGAGCCUGAGAGACAGGAGGAGUCGCUUGCUUUGUUUUGGGGUGUAAACAAAUGGCUAGAAAACGUGAGCAUCUUGGAUUAAGUUAUUUGGAAGAACUGAGUUUAUUUAAGGAGCGUGAGAAUAUAUGUAAAGAAUCUCGACGGGAAUUUCUGAAGUUUAAGCAAGAAGCAGCUAUUGUUCAUAGUGCUCAGAAUAAACCUAUAUUGGAGGUGACACCAGCAGAAGAAUCAUCUGACAUACAACUAUAUUCUUGCCUAACCUCAAAGAGUCCAUUCCUGCUGCCUGAAUCCCUUUUUGAAGAGGAUGAUUCUAAAUUCCCCCCCAAAGUAAGGAUCUUCCCUGAGGUACCCAAGGAGGAAAAGCAAGCAGAAGAUGCCGCAACUCAUCAAAAGAAAUCUGAGAAAGAAGUCAGACCUGGCUCUGGAAAGGCAGUACUGGAAUGCAAAAGUGAUAGUAAAAAAUAUAAACGUAAAAAAAUGUCAGUAGCAAUAGCCUCCUUAGCUGGUACCAGUAAGCAACUCAGUUUAUUAAAGAAACCAGAGCCCACACCCAAACCCAAAUAUUCAAAGGUUGUCAGUCCGAAAUUACUGUUCCCCUCUCCCAGCCUUCUACCAAAAGACAGUACUUAUACUGAGCAGCUGGAGCAAAAACAUGAUGCUGAACGUGCUGUUGCAAGACCCAUCAAAUCAUUUCCUCAAGGUUCCCCUUUGAGUAAAAAGUCCCCUAAAACUGGUAAAGAAAUGUCAAAGCCAAGUGUAUUGAGUUCAGUGUUAGACUUAGACAAAUCACAUCGUAGAAAAAGCACUAUUCCACCUGGUAUGAAGUCUGCUCCAGAUUCUGGGGAAGACACUCGUGCUGAUAGAACAAAGUCACACAUGAGGCAAUCCAUACAGAGUAAGUCACAAAUACGCAUUUCUGUUCAAAAUGUGUCUUCGAACUCUGGAAUUGUUCGACGGUCUAUCGAUGAAAUAAUUGCGUCCCUGAAGUCUACUGCUCUGACUGAGUCAGACAUUAGGAUCAAAGAACUCCUAGAGAGUAUUCUUGGCCACGAUUACAACAUCAAAAUUGAUCUACCAGCUGUUCAAAAAGACAUUGAGCCAGCUGAAAUGGAGUCUUCAGGUGCAGAGGUUUUACCAGGGGAAGCAGAAUUAAUAGAGCUGCCAUCACCUGCUACAAAAGAAUUCUUGCCCGCAGAAUUUGAAUCUCCAAUUGAAACUCUAACUGAACAAGUAACAUCAGCAGAUGCUGAACAAAUAAAGGAAAUAUCUGCAGAACCAGAAGAGGAAAACAUUUCCCAUAGACUGCAGCAGGAAGAUGCAAUAGAAGAGGAAGGUGCUAUUGAGGAAAUACCUGGAAGUGCACCAAAGGAGAGUAUUUUCUAUCAAGAACAACAGGAAGCCUCCAUAGUGGAAGAAGAUACUGUCAAAAUAGAGGACAUACCAGAAAUCCUACGUAGGGGGAGUAUUCUUUCCAAAGCACAGCAAGAAAUAGAAGAUACUGUCAAAGUUAAGGCACUAGAACAAAUUACUGAAGUACUUGAAGGAAAAAUAAUUCAUGUGUCAAGAACACCUUCUCAAGAGGGACCAAAGGUACAAGAAAGUGAAGAGUUUUCAUUUUCAGAGGCUGAAGAGUUAGAGUCAACGUCUUCGAUAUCAGAAACAUUGAAGAUCACUGAAGAAGAAUCAGAGGAGUUUCUGCCACCAUACAUGGGCCUGUCAAUAAAAGGAAAAGCAUUUACAAAACUUAAACCAGCUGAAAUUCAGAAAGGUUUAGAAGAACUUUCUGAACCACAGUCUGUGUCUGUACUUUCCACAUGGACUACAACGAUCAGGGAUGUGGAUUACCCACUUAUUCAUCUUCUAUGUACAGCUUGUCCUGAAUGUGUAUUGCCUGUUGAUCUGCAGUUUGUGUCUAGAGUACACCAUACGCUAGACAAAAGAGGCCAUAAUAUUUUAUUACCACCAUUUAAUCUUGUCAACUACAAAUCAGAAGAGCUUUUCCCAGCUGCUGCUGCUCUUGAGGAUGAGAUGGAAAGAGAAAGAAUUUGUAAUGAAGGGCUCCCUGUUUCUGAAGUAUACCAGGACAGCCAAGAAGAUGGAAUUAAUGUUUUUCCUGCACUAAAAACUAUGUCAGAGUGGCAAAGAGCAGCUGAACUUUAUGUUGAAAAACCUCAACUGGAAUUAUUAGGAAAGAAAGUCAAACUUCAGCCAGGCUCCCUCAAAAUGUUUUGGACACCAGCUCCACAAAAAUUCUCUGCUCCUCUGUCUCUAAUGAAGAAAACUUUAUUUCCAAAGUAUGAGAGUAAUGUAAUUAAUGGGGUUAUUUGUGAAGACUUUUCUUGUGAUCUUCGUGAUAUAGACGAAUUGGAAUCAGAUGAAGACUUUGACAGCUUGUUUGAGAGUCUUACACAAGAUGUAAGGAGUAAUUCCUGUCCACAGCUUUCAUCCUCUCCAAAGGACAUAGAGAUAGAGCCAUUUACAAGAUCAAAUAGUGCACCAGAAUUGUCAUUAUACAGAGGCACAACAGGUUUAAAAAUUUCUGCAGAUUUCAAAACCACUAUGGAACAAAUAAGUGUUAUGAAGAAACACAUGUCUUCAAAGGAUAUUCGGGUUUUGAUUCCAGAAGUUAAAGUUUCUCCAGCAAAGCCUCAGCACAGCCCUCCUCCUCCUCCUAUUGAUGAGGAUCUCCGUAGUCUUACAAAUCUUUUUCCUAUUACAAAUCAAGGGUCUGAUUCAGCUUCUGGAAAACUGAAGAAAAAAUCAAGAAAAAAUCUUUUCCCCUCCACCCCAGAGCCUGAAGAGCCAUCUCAACCUUCCGUGUCUCUGGAUGACAGUUCUCUUGCCGAAGCAUCGCGAAAAGCUGGGCUCACAUAUAUUAUUUUUCCAAAGAAAGGACAAGGAAGGAGGAAAUCAGGGAAAAGUGUUUCUCCUCGUGUAUUAGAAAAUAUACGUGAGAAAUUAAAUGAAUUCCCAAGAACUCUUAAAAGGUCUGCAUCUCUUGGGAAGCUUCAUGCACAUAGUAAAUGUAGUAUUAAAGUGUCUCGAGUAGUUCGCCUUUAUCGAAGUCCAAGUCUGCCUUGUUACUUAGAUUUUGAGAAAUUUGCAAAAGAGAAAGGUAGACCACCCGAAGACGAUGAAUUUGAUUGGUGCAGAGUAAUCUGGAAUAAGUGGUUUGAUGAGGUGUACCCCUUCAGUUCACUAGCUAUUGAAGAUGGGGAGUCAUCAAGCAAGAAGGAAGAGGAAACAAAGGGAAAAGAACUAGCAGACACAGUGAAUCCUCUUCUGUUAAGAGGGAAAACAGAUGAAAAUGAUAGGUGUCAAUCUGAGAUUGAUAGACUAACCCUACAGAUAAAUGAAGGAUCUUCUUCUGCAUUCAACUAUUGUAGGCGUGGAGCAAUCUAUAGGAAACUAGGCAAAAUGCAAGCAGCCAUGGAUGACUUAGAAAAGGCAAUAAAUUUAGAACCAGCAUUGAUUGAUGCUUAUUGGCACAGGCAUUUAAUUUUUCUUUACCAAAACAAAACACUUCCAGCAUUGGAGGAUCUAAAUUUUAUAAUUAAGUACAAUAAAACCCAUGCAGAUGCAUAUCUCUCAAGAGCAGAUAUAUACAAAAAGCAAGGAGAUAAUUCCUUAGCAAUUAUUAACUACACUCUUGCUGCAAAAAGCAGACCUACAGAUGAUGAAAUAUAUUACAAGCGGGGUGAAGCCCAUGAAGACGAAGGAGACCUACAAUUGGCAAUAGAUGAUUAUACCAAAUGUCUUUACUAUAAUCCGAAAAGAACAGAUGCACUUAUGAAGCAUGGAAUAUAUUAUUUCAACAAAUCUGCUUGGAAUGCAGCUGUUAAUGAUUUUACAACUGUGAUUGAAGAAGAUCCAAACCAUGCUGAGGCAAGAACCUAUCGUGGAAGAGCAUAUCUGAAACUAGAGAAAUAUGAAAAGGCAGCUGAAGACUUGUGUGCUGCAAUUCACUUGAAUCCUUGUAAUUGGAUUGCCUACUACUACAGAGGUUGCAUUUUGCGAAAGCUGCAUCCAAAACAAGCCUUACAAGACUUCAGUGUUUCCGUUCUUCUCAAUUACAGCUAUGACAAUCUUGGUGCGCUCCUUCACCGUGGAAUCUUAUAUGCAGAGCUGAAAGAAUGGGCAUUGGCAAUAUGCGAUUUUGAAAGUGCGUUAGAAUUGGACAGGACUCUAACAGCAGCAUAUAUAAACAUUGGAGUGAUUAUGAUGUUGCAUCUGGAUCAUUUUUUUGAAUCUAUUCGACAGUUCACUCAUGCCAUUAAGCUCGAUCCCUUAGAUAUUAGACCUUACUUGUGCAGAGCUCAAGCAUAUCAGAAGAUUCAUGACUUAAAGUAUGCAGUUAGAGAUAUAAACAGAGCAAUUCAUCUCUACCCCAACUCAGCCCACUUAUGCUUAAUAAGAGGACAAUAUUUACUGGAGAUGAAGAAGUUUGAACUUGCAAGUUUCUGCAUACAUCAAGUAGCAGAAAUGGAUAAAGGAUUCUUUGAAUGUUCUCUUGUUCAAGAAGCACUUGUUCAGUCAUUUUGUCAGAAUCAUAACAAGGCUAUUGAAUGUGCUCAAGCUGCUGCCAAAAAGCAGCCUGAACCUCCCAUGUUUGUUCUACUCGGAAAAAUCCAAAUGAAAGCCAAAAAACACAAGGAUGCAGUGGUCAGUUUUAAACAGGCUCUGAAGCUGCUUACUGGUUCUGCAAAAAGUCCACCUAAUACAUUUGAAGCUGCGGAAAUGUUUUUUCUUAUAGGAGAAUGCUACAUGGAACAAGUCUGCUUAAUAGAGGCAUGUGAGGCUUUUACUUCAGCUGUGAAGCUAUAUCCACGUUAUGCAGAUGCGUAUUAUCAGCGCGGACUAUGCAGAAUGUACCUCCAGCGAGCUAAAAGCAUAUUAGAUUUCAAUAAAACACUUGCUGUUGCACCAAACCAUUUUCAGGCUUAUUUAAGUCGUGCUGCUUAUUAUGGGAGCAAAGGAAGAUUCUCUAAGGCAAUAGCGAAUUGUACAGAAGCCAUCAAAAUACAGCCUAAAAGUGUGAGAGCCUACCUAUACAGAGGGACACUGAAAUGUUAUAACAAGACCUACAAACAGGCUGUUCAAGAUUUAACUACAUCUAUAGACCUCGAUAAUACAUGCAUGUUGGCAUAUUACAACAGGGCAAUUUCUUAUCACUUACUGAAGGACUACAAAAACGCACUAAAAGACUAUGGGAUUGUUCUUCUCCUUGAGGCAAACAAAGAUAUUGUCUUGAAAGUCGUGAUCAACCGUGGACUACUCUAUACAGAAUUGGACCAGUAUAUGGCUGCACUAGAGGACUUUACAGAGGCAAUGCUGAGUAAACCAAGAGACAGUCAACUAUUUAAAGUUAUUGGACAGUGCUACCACAGACUUCAGAAAUAUGAGGAAGCCGUGCAGUCAUUUUCUGAGGUUCUUAAAAUAGAUCCUUUUUCUGUGGAUGGCUACAUUGGACGAGGAAAUGCAUAUAUGGAAUAUGGUCACAUAGAAGGCACUCAGCAAGCCCAGAAGGACUUCUUGAAAGCAAUACACAUGUAUCCAAUUUCUGUAAAGGCUCGACUUUGUUUGGGAUACAAUUUGCAGGCUCUUGGAAAGUUUCAAAAAGCUUGGGCCCAGUUUACAGCAGCCAUUCUUAUUGAUCCAAAAUGUCACAUUGCUUAUGAUGGGAGAGCAAUAGUCUGUCUUCAGAUGAGCGAUACCUUUGCUGCUUUUCAGGAUACAAAUGCAGCAUUGAAGAUAAUUACCAGUGCAGAAUUGCUUACAAACCGAGGUGUCAUUAACCAAUUUAUGGGAUAUUUAAAUUGUGCUAUGAAUGACUAUCAGCAAGCCAUCACCGUUGACCCCAACUAUGCUUUGGCAUAUUUCAAUGCAGCAAAUAUCUACUUUCUUAACAGGCAGUUUGUACAGGCAAAUAACUACUAUUCCAAGGCACUAACACUUGAUCCUAAAAAUGAGUCUGCGUUCCUGAAUCGUGCUAUUACUAAUACUCUGCUAAAGAAAUUUGAAGAAGCGAAAGCGGAUUUUGAGAAUGCAAUUUGCCUCUCCCCUUUUUCUGCAGCAAUAUAUUUUAACAAGGCAAAUCUCCACAAAACUUUACAGCAAUAUGAACAAGCUGAAGAGGACAUUUCAAAAGCACUUUCAAUUCAACCUUAUGAUUCUCUGAUGUAUAAGCUCAGAGCUGAUAUUCGUGGCAAAAUGGGUUUAAUUAAGGAAGCAAUUGCUGAUUACAGAAAAGCUAUCAGUAUCCAGGAGCUUAUCAGUACUGGGUGAAAAGUGACCCUAGGGUGAAGCAAUCAUGGGGAGAUUAGCAAGAUUUGUUCAGAAGAUGUUUCCCAUGCAAAACUUCAUAAAACCUAGAAGUAUGUGAUGAAGACAUUGACUUUCACUUUCAGCAGAGUCAAACCAAAGAUUUCAAGUAUUAUCAUAAAAAACCAAAAUUUUAGUGAACUACCUGUAGAGGGCAGCAUGGAAUUUCUAUUCCUGUAGUUUUAUAAAGUAUAAUGUUUGUACCAUAAAAGCAGAGGUAGCACUCUUUAAGUUUUGUUUGUACUAUAAAUAGUUGUUGCUGAAGAUAGUUGUUGGAUCCCAUGAAAACAGAAAAUAGGAUACCGAAUGAAUGAAAAUAUCUGUUAUAUUUAUAUAUUUUGAAAGAAACAAAUUCUUGUUCUUUAUCAUAGAAUCAUAGAGUUGGAAGAGACCUCAUGGGCCAUCCAGUCCAACCCCCUGCCAAGAAGCAGGAAAUCGCAUUCAAAGCACCCUCAAUAGAUGGCCAUCCAGCCUCUGCUUAAAAGCCUCCAAAGAAGGAGCCUCCACCACACUCUGGGGCAGAGAGUUUCACUGCUGAACAGCUCUCUGUUAGGAAGUUCUUCCUAAUGUUCAGGUGGAAUCUCCUUUCCUGUAGUUUGAAGCCAUUGUUCCGUGUCCUAGUCUCCAGGGCAGCAGAAAACAAGCUUGCUCCCUCCUCCCCAUGACUUCCUGUCACAUAUUUAUACAUGGCAGUGAUCAUGUCCCCUCUCAGGCUUCUCUUUUGCAGGCUAAACAUGCCCAGCUCUUUCAGCUGUGCCUCGUUGGGCUUGUUCUCCAGACCCUUGAUCAUUUUAGUCACCCUCCUCUAGAUACCUUUAAUUCCUCGACAAGGCCACAUUGGGGGGCUGACAAAGAAUGACACCUUCCAUCUUGUCAACAUCUCCUUUCAAUUGCGAUGCCCAGAAUUGGACACAGUAUUCCAGGUGUGGUCUGACCUAGGUAGAAUAGAGGGGGAGCAUGACUUCCCUGGAUCUAGACACUAUACUCCUGUUUACGCAAGCCAAAAUCCCAUUGGCUUUUUUAGCUGCCGCAUCACAUUGUCAACUCACGUUUAACUUGUGCAAGGACUCCAGUAUUCUUUUCACAUGUACUGCUGUCGAGCCAGGUGUCCACCAUUCUGUAUCUUUGCAUUUCAUUUUUUCUGCCUAAGUGGAAUAUAUUGCAUUUGUCCCUGUUGAACUUCUCUAAUAAACUUAUUUGCACUUUAAAUUUUACCAAAAAUGAAGACAUGAAAGCACUAUAGCACUUGCACAAUUACUAAUAUACUGAUCUGAUUUCAUACUAUAUGAGUUGUAAUUGUUAUUCCUUCACAAGAGUGGACUACAAAUAAAAAAGGAAACAAGGAUGGGAAAUAAUUCUGAACUGAAAUCUCCAGAAGUUUGAAUUUUAUUUUGUUUCUGUUGAUGCGACUGCAGUGGAUUUCUUUAAUUUUCAAAGUGUGCCCAGAAUAACAAGAACAAGAAAAGCUGGGUAUUGGUCCCACUCAGAGACUGGAAAUAAUGAAAUAUAGCUAACAAAUACUUUUAUAACGAUACUUUUUUGCAACACUGCUGUAGUUAAGUAACAUUUGAAAAGUAACUUAAGAAUAUAGCAUAGGAACAAGGUUAUUUGGGGGCGAAUGAAUACUGUUUUCUGGUUACUUUUAAGGGACAUAUUAAAACAGUUUGAGCAGGUACAGAUUGGGCAUCCUUUAUCUGAAAUGCUUGGGGCCAGAUAUUUUCCCAAUGUUUUGGAUUUUUUUAAUUAUUUUGGAAGCGUUGUGUAUACAUAAGGAGAUAUCCUGAAGGCAAUUUUAUACAAAACAUUUUAAUCGUAUUGUGAAUAAAACCAAGUUCACGUACAUUGAAUCAUUAGAAAGGAAAAGUGUCACCAUCUCAGCCACCCAUGUGGACAAAUUUGUGUUCCUAUUAUGGUUUCCUUCUUCAGUUCCUUAAAGGAUCUAGUAAAAACCUUAUUAAAUUCAUAGCAAUGCCAUAAUUCAACAAUUACAUACUUUGGGCCUCUGUCCUUGCAGGACCGAGGUCUUAACUCAACAGGUACUGCCCACCAUCCAGGUAUCUGCCUUGUUUUUCUUGAGCCGUUAAAAGUAGGACUCUUGCAAGGAGUAAUGGGGAUCCAAAAGCAAAGUUGUGCCUUUGGAGGAGCCAUUUCGAGAGUAGAUGAGGGUGAGGGCCUAUCCUUUCUGUCUGUCUGUAUUAUCAUCCCUUCACAUUUGUGGGUUUUGACUUUUAUGGAUUAUUCACGGAUUCAUAGAUUGUAUGUCAACAACAAUUUACAUCACUCACACUGAAAAUAAAACUUUCAGGAGAUUAAUUUAGAAAAGAUGUAUAUAGGAUAGCAGGUUUAUUCUGAAGAUGUAAAUGUGCUCCCUCCCCUAAUCUUGUUAAGAAACAAAGUUAUUUAUUCAAUUAGCAGGAGACUUACCAAGCAGUUAAUUAGAAUUUUGGACUGUGCUAUGUCUAGAAUAUCUAUUAGGAAAUGAGAAUAUCUUGGGAUCUAAAACACUGAAGAAAAUCUCGUAGGGUAGAGAGUGUAUUCAAGGUCAGGUGAAUUGCUCAUUAGAAAAUGGCUGUAUACGUUUAUUCAGAAAUGAAAGUUUGCACUCUUCUCUCUUUCAUGUGUUCCCCUCUCUCUUAUUUGUAAGGCACAGUGCACACCUGACAUACUUGGCCUAAUCUUCACCUCUUGGACAAAUGUGCAGAUUGUUUUUCAUAUUUUACACUUCUUCAAAUAUUGCAGUGCUCUCAGCUCUGGAAAUCAUGAUACUAUGCUUAAAAAUGCAUUUUUGGAUAAUGCACAUUACAUUAGAUAAAAUAAAUAAAUGCAUAUUGUUUUGACAGCUACAUAUAAUUUUUGGCAUUAAAACCACAAAUAGAGUCAGAAAUACCCCAAAUACCCCAAAGGCACCAUAUUCUGUCUGAAAUUGCAAGCUAAGCAAGAUCAGUCUUGUUUAGUUCUUGAAUGUGAGAUUUCCAACAAAUAUCAGGUGCUGUACACUGUAUUUUAGAAGACAGAACUAGCAAAUAUCUGAAUAAUCCUUUUCUAAGAAAACCCUUUGAAAUUUAUGCAGUCACCAUAAGUGGACAGGUGACUUGAAGGCAUGCGCGCACACACAUGUACAGUAACCAAGUCUGGUACAAAUGAGAAAAAGACUCAAGUGUUUGGUACACCUAUCCAACCACUGGACUCCACUAUUCUUGAUGUAAUGCCAGAACGAUGAAUACAAAGAUAGCAGAUGGAGAUGAGUCAUUUGGCCCAUUUAAGAUUUAUCUGGUUUAUUUUCAUGGUACAUUUUCAUGGAUUAUAAUCUACUUCCCCAAAUGCACUGAAAUGGUAUAAUAUUCAAAUCUCCACCAAUGGUUUGUAUUAUUGUACUCCCUUAUGCCAGCUGAAGGAAUUGAUGGUAAUCUACAAAAACCUAUGCUGAAAGAAAUCACUUGGUCUUAAAGGGGUAACAUUCAUUUCCCCUGCUUUUCUUUUUUUCCUUUUGACACUAAAAGUAACAUGACAAAUACAGUCAAUUUUCUUUUGGAGUAUUGUUGAUGUGCAUCUUUUGAAUAUGAAUGGAAUUAUUGAAUCCAUUGAAGUAAUCCAGGAUGUGAUUAUUUUAGUAGUAAAAGUUUUGGAAAUUUGUGUAAUAUGUUUUUUCAGAGCUUGAUAAAAGUAAUGAAGAUUAAUUACCUGCUUCCGUAUGUUAUCCCCCCUUAAAAGGAUGUAAAAAGGUCAUUAAUUUGUUAAAUGACAACAAUAUAAAUCAGUUGUGUAAUGAUUAACAUUUUGUGAUAUUUUGUUAAUUGUGGUGGUACUUUGGCUUUCAUUUGACCAUUUCAAUAUUUUUCAUUAAUAAAACAAAUUAAUUACUAA